GCGGCGCAGCAUGUUCCAGCCGGCGCCCAAGCGCUGUUUCACCAUCGAGUCGCUGGUGGCCAAGGACAACCCCCUGCCCGCCUCGCGCUCCGAGGACCCUAUCCGCCCGGCGGCUCUCAGCUAUGCCAACUCCAGCCCCAUAAACCCCUUCCUCAACGGCUUCCACACGGCAGCCGGCAGGGGCGUCUACUCCAACCCGGACUUGGUGUUUGCAGAAGCCGUCUCCCACCCGCCCAAUCCCGCCGUGCCGGUCCACCCGGUGCCGCCGCCGCACGCCCUGGCUGCACACCCCCUGCCCUCCUCGCAUUCGCCCCACCCCCUCUUCGCCUCGCAACAGAGAGACCCAUCCACGUUCUACCCUUGGCUUAUCCACAGGUACCGAUAUCUGGGCCACAGAUUUCAAGGAAAUGAAACGAGCCCGGAAAGCUUCCUUUUGCACAAUGCCCUGGCCCGAAAGCCCAAGCGGAUCCGUACAGCCUUCUCUCCGUCCCAAUUACUGAGACUGGAACAUGCCUUUGAGAAGAAUCACUAUGUGGUAGGAGCGGAGAGGAAACAACUGGCCCACAGCCUCAGCCUCACGGAAACUCAGGUAAAAGUAUGGUUUCAGAACAGAAGAACGAAGUUCAAACGUCAGAAGCUAGAGGAAGAGGGUUCGGAUUCACAACAGAAGAAAAAAGGAACGCAUCAUAUUAACCGAUGGAGAAUCGCUACCAAACAGGCUAGUCCAGAGGAAAUAGACGUCACAUCAGACGAUUAAAGACAAAAAAAAAAAAAUCUCACAAAACAAAACCGAGACAUAACAGAGACAGAAAAAGGAGAAGAACAAAAACAAACAACAUCCAACAAACCACAAACACACAAAGAGAAAGAGAGAAGGUGGCACUUAGAAACUUUCCAGCAGAAAGUGUUAAGGAUCACAACCCAAGACAGAGUGGAGACUGAGGAGAAGGCUCCUUCAUCAACAUGCAAUUCUCGUCUAAAGAGGCGAGAGAGA